CUCUUCUCCGCUAAACGACGACGAUGGGCGACAUCACCGACUCCCUCACUCCGCCACCGCCGGCACCGACGACGACCACGACCACCACGACGCCCUCUUCCUCUGCCGCUGCCGCUCCCACUCCUCUCUUCCAGAACCAGAACUCCUCCUCCUCCCGGCCCAUGCCCGUCCGCGAGGACUGCUGGAGCGAGGAGGCCACCGCCACUCUGAUCGACGCCUGGGGCCGCCGCUACGUGGAGCUCAACCGCGGUAAUCUCCGACAGAAGGACUGGCAGGACGUCGCCGACGCCGUCAACGCCCUCCAUGGCCACACCAAGAAGACCCACCGCACAGAUGUCCAGUGCAAGAACCGAAUCGACACCAUUAAGAAGAAGUACAAGGUCGAGAAGGCUAGGGUUUCGUCUUCCAACGGCGCUUUCACUUCCUCCUGGACCUUCUUCGACCGCUUUGACGUCCUCAUCGGCUCCAAUCAGAAGAAGCCUUCUCCUCCCUCGCUCUCGCCCUCUCCGCCCGUCGCCGUCCCUCUCCUUCCCUACCGGAAGGCUUCCUCCACGGCGCUCGUUGCGAUUCCGCAGAAGCGGUCCGCUCCGCCGCCGGUGGCGGCGGACGAGGGUUUCUUCAGGAGGAAUUACUCGGCGAUGGCUGCGGCGGCUGCGGCGGCGGAGGCGGAGGAGGAUGAGGACGAUUUGGAAAACGAGGAGGAAGUGGAUGAGGAGGAGGAGGAGGAGAGGGAGAGCGAAGAUGAAGGAGGGGUUGCGGUUGGGGAUGCGGAAGGGAUGAGAAGAUUGGCGAGGGCGAUCGCGAGGUUCGGGGCGGUGUACGAGAAGGUGGAGGGGGAGAAGCUGAGGCAGAUGGUGGAGUUGGAGAAGCAGAGGAUGCAGUUCGCAAAGGACUUGGAGGUUCAGCGGAUGCGGAUGUUCAUGGACACGCAGGUUCAGCUCGAGCGGAUCAAGCGUGGUAAACGAUCCGCCUCCAAUGUUGGGCACUUUUAAACUGGUUAGGAGGAAUUAUUUGGGGAUUAGACGAUAAGUAGCUUCCUUUGGUGGGGAAUUUAGUCCUCGGUUUGAGCUUUGCAUACUCUUGCAGUGCAAACCGUUAUGAUCUACAUGAUUGAAUUUGCGCAUUCAGAUGUUUGUCCUGCAAGGAGUAUGCUUGAACGAAGUGGUCUGCUUGAGGUUGGACAUGGUUGUGGAAUGUAGAAUCCAUCUAUUCUAAAAGUUAAAUGAUCAAGAAAUGUGAUAAUUAACAUCCACUGGUGCAGACAUACACGUAUAUGCACACACUCAGCUACCCGCAGAUGCAUGCUUUUGCUUUAUGCUUUUACUACCUUGAUCGUGAUUUGUCUUGGACCAUAUAUAUACUGGCUCUGAUUCAGACCAAGUCUUGGUAUUUUAGUUACGAGUUAAGUU